GCUCGAUCGGCAAUCAGUCGACGCCGCGCGCUCGCACCGGGCACACUUUGUCGGGGGUUUCUCUUCGCGAUACGAACGGCGAUAUACGAGCGACAACGAAGAUCUUCUCCCAUCGUUUCUACGCACGGCGUAUGACUGUGACACGUGUGCCGCGCAACCGACUGCGUAAUUACGUCCAACGCACUUUUGCCGACGAUGCGCGCGAUGACGCGUAAGCAGUUCCUGCAUCUUUCGCGCGUGUGACGUGUCCCAUAGAGAGGGAAAGUCGUCGGCUCUCUCGUCGUAAGGAAAGGAGCGAGUACUUUCCGAGAGAGAGAGAGAGAGUACCGGAGCUCUCGGUAGCGGAUAGCGUCUCGGAAAAUGCCAAGGUGAUCCCCUCUACCCUCCUCCUCAUCCUUCUUCUUUUCCGCGUCGUCGACGCCUCGAGGAAAAACGCUCGUGAGUCCGCGUUAGAACGUGUGUGUCGGAUCCCACCCAUCGCACCCGAUCUCGCUCCGUCGCGAAGAGCUCACUCGCACGCUGGAGCGUGAUCCUCGACCGAUCGUCGUCGCGCCUGCCGAUCGCGGUUGAAAUCGCCGCCAGGAUGCAUCACACGGCGCCGUGGUACCUGCCGUGGGGCUUGAAGCUGGUGCCGCUGCCGAUUCCACCGGGACACCCAGCCUCGGGCAUCCCGAAUCCCGGCCUGCACCUGCUGGCGCCCUUGCCGGGAAUUUACGCUCCGGAGCCGCGUAAGGUCGAGUUGAAGCCGCUGCGAGAGGCGACGGUCGCGGUCCCCGCGCCGAAGAUCACCGAGAAGAGGAAGGCCGAGGACGCCGACGCCAGCAAGGACCUGAAGAAGGCAAAAUUGGAAACGAAAGCGCUGAAAGCGAAGAGGCCGGGAUUCACGGACGAACGGUACAACGAGACCAGCUAUUACGUGGAGCACGGUCUCCGCAAGGUGUACCCGUAUUACUUUACCUUCACGACAUUCACGAAAGGUCGAUGGGUCGGCGAGAAGAUACUGGAGGUCUUCGCGAGGGAAUUCCGCGCUCAUCCGGCCGAGGAAUACGAGAGAUGCAUUCGCGCCGGCACCCUGACGGUCAACUACCAGAAGGUGGACGUCGAUUACAGGUUACGGCACAACGAUCUCCUGGCUAACGUCGUUCACAGACACGAGGUGCCUGUCACCUCGGAGCCGAUCACGGUGAUACACAUGGACGAGGACGUCGUCGUGGUCAACAAGCCCGCCUCCAUCCCUGUGCACCCGUGCGGCCGCUACCGGCACAACACCGUGGUCUUCAUCCUGGCGAAGGAGUACAACUUGAAAAACCUCAGGACCAUUCACAGGCUGGAUCGACUCACCAGCGGUAUCCUUCUGUUCGGCAGGACGCCGAAGAAGGCGAGGCAGAUGGAGCACCAAAUAAGAAAUCGACAGGUCCACAAGCAGUACGUGUGUCGAGUGGAGGGCGAGUUCCCCGAGGAGGAGGUGAUCUGCUCGGAGCCGAUUGAGGUCGUCUCCUACAAGAUUGGCGUCUGCAAGGUCUCCGAGAAGGGCAAAGAUUGCAUCACCCGUUUCAAGCGUCUCAGCUACAACGGCAAGUCGUCCGUGGUGCUCUGCAAGCCGCAAACCGGACGUAUGCAUCAGAUCCGCGUCCACCUGCAGUAUCUCGGCUAUCCGGUGGUAAACGACCCGCUCUACAACCACGUGGUCUUCGGCCCGCACAAGGGUAAGGGCGGCAACAUCGGCAAGACCGACGAGGAGCUCGUGAGGGAUCUCAUCAGUAUUCACAACGCCGAAAAUUGGCUGGGCAUGGAUGGCGACUCGGAGAUGAGUCUGUUCAAGCCGAAGCUGGAGAUGGAAGAGCGGAUGCUGAGCUCCGCCAACGACAAGGACGGCUCUUCACCGUCGUCCACUCCGGGUCUGCUCGAAGACGAGCAGCAGCAGCAGCAGCCGCCGCAGCAGGAGCAGCUGAAAGCCUCGAAAGUCACCGUGGGAACCCAGACGGGCUCGGAGCCGCCGGACUCGAGCUUCGCCAACGACAAGGUCACCGUCGACCCGCACUGCUACGAGUGCAAAGUUAAGUACAGGGACCCGAAGCCCUCGGACCUGGUGAUGUAUCUGCACGCGUGGCGUUACUGCGGACCGGGAUGGGAGUACGAGACGCCGCUGCCGGCGUGGGCGGCCAGCGACUGGACCGGCGACGAUCGAUAGUUCCGACGUGAUCGAGGCUGAUCCGCGCGGAUUCCUCGGCGAGUCGUCGUCGCCGAGUCUCGAACCCCCUUUUGAUAUCCUUACCCCGUGCCUUCCAUCCGCCAACGAGCGAUCUUGACCAUCACAUACACGCAAAUACACGGAUCAUUUUCACAGACAGACACACACACCACGAGUAUACAGUUACAUUCUCCUACAACUCGGCCGUCGGAUUCCUCGGGGCUGCGAUCCGAGAGAAAUGGGAUUGCGGGAACAAUCUCGUCGCUCGAUUUGCAUUUCUGCACAGCUCGCCGCGACGAUAUAUGGUGUUAUCGCGCGACGCCCGGCGUCGUUAUCGCGCGACGUUCGUAGAGCGAACGGUGAAACGAUUCGCGGCCGGUCGCUCGCACACGUAUCAACGCGGCAGAAAUGCACGUUAGCUCUCGCGAGACGGGUCCGCUCUCGUUUCGUCGUACGUUCUGGCAGGGAUCCUCCGUUCUCGGGCCGCCGGCGACUUCUCGCGCGAGAGAUAUCAACCGAGACGACGCUACCGCGCGAAUUAAUCACAGCGACAAAAGACAACGUUGUUACCGAUCCUUACGUUUAAACCCUCGCACUGUCCUGAUUCUGGCAGCCAAAUAAUAAAUCAGAUCGUCGUUAUUGUUAGUUUUGUCUCGCUGCUCACGCAGCGCUUCCAGCUUUCUCAAUCGCGCGCUGCUCCUCCCUCCCAACCCCCGUGUAAACCCCCGAGCGACACCUCGCCGCAACCCAGUUAGGCCGCGGCGUGUGAAAUCCGAGUGCGAGUCGUCGCGACGGCUGUUCCUGCAAACUCCUUUCUCGCCCGCCUGUGACAGCAGCCUCGUCCUGCGCGAGCAGUCGGCGCGUUACAAAUCGCGCAGGAGCUUCGUCGUCUCAGCUUCCGGUGGAUACCUUUGUGUUUCACGACGUUAGCGGGACUCGUCUUUCAUCGGUGCGUCGCGAGCGAGUGACUUUGACUUUCGCUCGGUGGAAAGACCAGCGCGAUUCCUUGCUCCAACGAAUCGCCGUAGCGCUGCGCGAGAGACAAAUGUUGCUGAAAAACGCGAUAGUCCCGGCCGCUUUUAUGAGCAGUCGGUCAAAAAGUCACUGCCACUGGAGCGCGAGAGACGCCCUUCUCCCCUUCGCGCAGCACACGCGAAGAUUGAUGCAUCCGUCGGAGAUGGCUCCGAUGGAUCGUAUCGUUCAUCUUGAUUUAUGACGUACGAGAAACGCGGAGAGUCGCCGAUCUUUUCUAUUUCUACGAGUAUAGUCACCGACGCGCGCGAACAAACGUGUUGUUACCCUCCCCCCCCCUACGUUUCGCGGGAUCUCGCGGGACACUUUGAUUCACGGCGGAUACGCUCGAGGAUUUAUUUUUUUUUCGCCAAAUUCCAGCGCGCGGACGCCUUUAUCUAAGAAUAAAUUGCGCGCACGUUUCGCUUAACCGGCGCGAUCUCGAGAGAUGCUGCCGCUCGCGCGGUAGAUUUUACGUCAGCCUCCGACCCGGAAAUCGACUUUGGUGGCAGAGCGGAUCAGUGAUAUCGAUUAUAUCCGACGGUGGUGUUGCUUUUGGCAUUAAAUCGCCCCGGCACUUGGGCCUGACGAGAAAAAGAGAGUCGGGACUAACUAGGAGAUAAAUUUAUCUCGCGGCGCGGCAGUGCGCCCCGGAAAGCGAGUUCGACGAAGCCCUGCGACUUUGUAUCAUCGUGUACUAGUGUUUAUCGUCAAUAUAUCGUUGUGAAAGAUUCCGUAAGUGUCGAGAGAGAGAGAGAGAAUGUGUGUGUAUGAGAGAGAGAGAGAUACGUCGGAUUAAUCGUGUAUAACGCUAUUAGAGAAACUCUCGGAUACGUUAACAUCGCAUUUCUCUCGGUUGCUCAGCGUCGUCCUAUGCGCUCGUCCGAUUCCACGGGAUAUCGUCGACCGACAGCUAAUCGUCGUAUCCUCGAGAGAUCGGGGCGCAAGGUAAUCAGCAUUGUUUCCCAUGCCACGCCGAUCACCAUUCUCCAUUGAGGAAGACCCGCUCCCAUUCACACGUGCGUAGUCUCGCACGGUUUCGAGAACAAGCUCCUUGAAACGACCGCCAGGAAGAGAGGAGACGGUGGAGGUGGUGGACGUAUCCUCCGUGGCACAGGUAGGGGACUGACGUGGGGGAACCGCGACAGAAGCGCGCGUCUAUUUUUAUGGCAGAUGUAUAUACGGAAGGGGAAGUGUGGUGGCGCGUGUCCAGCGGCAGGGCUCUCCAACAAUAAGCGUGAUCUUGCCGGACGACAGCCAAUGAUCAUGCCAAAGAGCGAGCGAGCGAGCAGCGAGCUUUCAAUCAUAUCGUGCACAUUUCUUCUCGCGCCGGCCUCGAGAGAAGCGAGCACGGUCACACUGAAAAAUGAAUUGAAUCCAACCGACAAUGGGCGAGCGUACGCCUUUUCGUUCGAAGGAGACCGUGUUAGAACUUCCACUCGACGAUGUUACAUACAACGCAUGUUAUAUCGCACUUAUAUCGUUGAGUGAGAAAGUAUAACACGUCGGUUCGCGUUUGCCGAGAACUGUCCAACCAGGCUGAUUUUUCAGUGGCAGGCCGGCCGGUCGGCGACAAGGUGUUCUGCAACCAAGUACAAUCGCGAGCGAGUGAAAUGCGAGGAGAGCGCCACAUUAUUUUAUUACGGAGUCGCGCGGAAACCGAUUUGCGCGAGCCGUCCGCUCGAUUCUCGUCGGGGGGCUCGAACGACCCUUUAGCGGCGCCGAAGGCGACAAAAGCCGUCGUCGCGCACUUGUCUCUCGCGUGACGUUGAAGAAGCUAGCUACCGCUCCACCACACAUACACACACACACACACACACGGCGAGGUCUGUUUUGCGUCACGCGGAUAACAACGCGCGAGAACAGCGGACGGGAUACGCGGCAAUCGGGUAACAAAACACGCCGCGCGGUCUUUAGCUUGUAUUUAGCGUCGGUUCGUUAAGUCGUGAGCAGUGAUGGGAAGUGAUCCAGACGCGAUUGGCGAAACGUGCGAUACGAUACAAUAAUCCCCUCGCGCCGUCGUCGUCCAGGAUGGAAGCGACGACGAUGACGACGACAUUUAUCUUCCAACUUGCGCCUCCAACGGUGAGACUCUACUUCGCUUUUCUGACGGGGCCAACUUACGCGCGACGUGUCUGGAUGUUCGCUCAGGGGUGAUUUUUUCCUACCGACGAGUGCUAUUGAUUCGCGAUCUCAUCGUCGCGUGUGUACACCGCGAUAACACAAGUAUGUAUUGACGAGAGCGUAAGUUUAAGUUCGUACUGCCGCAACAAGCUGUCGAUUUAUAUUGAAGAUGCAUACGCGGUUGAGUUUGCCGAAUAUACAUAUAUAUAAAUAUAUAUAUAUUUUUAGAAUAGGAGUUUCUCCACAAUCUCUGAUUUAGAGCGAGCGCGUGAAAAUCUAGUACGACAGCUGCUUUCGGGUCUGGCUGGCGUGUAGUUAUUACCAUAGAUCGCAGAUAGAUAUCUUUUUAAUAUAGAAAGAUUCUCCACACGGGAUCAAAAUAUAGGCCGCAGAGAGAGAGAGAGAGAGAGAGAGAGAGACGCAGUUGCGUAUUAAUUAAAUAUUAACGCGCGUAUUGAGGCUUAAUAAAUUGACCGCAGCGCGUCUACGCAGAGAGAAAGGAAAAUACGUUAGUGCCUAAAAAACGUUCGAGGAACAUGACACGUUAGUACUAGAUAUUUUUUCAAUCUAGAGCGAUCUAGAGCACGAGCACCUGCGAGCACUCGGGACAAACCAAUCUUGCCAUCACUGCCCGCGAGAAUCGUUAAUACGGGAAAGCGGAAAUAAGGGAGAACGUAAUAAGGGCGACGUGCGAUGAAAGAAAAUGGGUUUGGCGGAUAUAUAUAUAUAUAUAUAUAUGUGUGUAUGUGUAUACAUAGGAAGAGAAGGAAGAAGGGACAUGGGGGAGGGAGAGAGAAAAGAGAGAGAUAACAAAACGGACCUAUCAUAAAAGACAGUGUGUGCGCUUACUAACUCAACCGGGACAGCUCGGCCUCCGUCAGUGAGCUGUUCCGAACGUAACGGCUAGCUUAAAUCUAUUAUUUAAGUAAUUAAAUAAAAAAAAAGG